UUAUUUUAUAAUGUCAGCCACUCAAAUAAAAAGAAAAGCUAGAAAGGAAGCUAAAAAAAUUAUAAAUUCAAAGUUGUUGCAUAGUGAUUCAAGUGUUGAAGUUCAAUUUCAAGACCAUGAUGAAAAUGAUGUAACCUAUGAUCUGCGUUCAGAGCUUAGCAAAUGGGCGUCAGACUUCGGAAUAAAUUUAAAUAAAUUUAUUAUUUAAUAUUUAAUUUAUUUAAAUUAAAUUUAAAAAGCAACAUAAAAGUUCCCAAAGAAUCUAGGACAGUUUUACAAACACCGGCUGAAGUGGUCAAGCGAAAUGUGGGAGAUGGGAUUUAUGUACAUUAUGGUCUAAAGAAUGCGUUGACAGACUUCUUAGUAUUAAAUGAUUUCCGUCUUCCAAAUAUAAUGCUUGAUUUCGGCAUUGAUGGUCUGCCACUGUUCAAGAGCAGCUCGAAGCAAGUUUGGCCAAUAUUAGGCAGUAUUGUCAAUGUGGACUAUGUUUUCAUUGUAGGAAUAUUUGAAGGCAAUUCAAAACCGCACUGCUGAACUUAUUUUUUAAGUGAAUUUAUUUCUGAACUUAAAGUCCUGCAACAGGAGGGUCUCGUUUUUGCAACAAAAUUUUUUAACGUGGCGGUCCGAUGUUUUGUAAUGGAUGCGCCCGCUAAGUCUUUUGUGUUAGGUAUUAAAGGCGACACUGGGUACUAUUCAUGUGUACGUUGCACCCAAAAAGGUGAAAUAGUAAAACAUCGCCUCGUUUUCCCCGAAACUCAAAACUUAGUUGCGAGAACAAAUGAAAUCGUCCAAAUCUAGAUUAGAAAAUUUAAAUAUAGACAUUAUUCAUCAAUGUUGUUUGGAUUAUAUGCAUGUAGCUUGCUUGGGGGUUAUGAGAACGAUUUUGAACGCAUGGGUUAAGAAAAGAGGUGAACAUUACUCCUUGCCUUUGUAUAAAGCAGAAGUACUUUCAACAUAAUUUCUGCCUCGUUGUGAAUACAGUUAUCCAAAUUAUAAAAAUCAUUAAUUCCAAUAAUGUUCCACUUUUCACCGGUCUUGUCUUGAAAAAUUUAACACCUUACUUUUGCACACCUAAAAGUUCAUAUAAAUUUAACUUGUAUUAUGUGGCUGGCAUUCAGUACGAUAGGGAAAUUGAAUUUACAAAAGAAAAAAUAACUUCCAAGAUUAUAUGUUUGAAUGAAUCUUCAAGAAGUGGAUUUUAUUUCACACCACUAAUUAACUGAUUGACAUCAUGAGCUCUAUAAAUAAUUAUGGAUAUGAACCUAACAGCAGCCAAAUAAUAUAUCAAAAUCUAGACAGCACAGACCAACAGUCUCUUAAAAAUUUAAUAGCGGAGUUGACGAUGGAAGUGCGGGCUUUAAAGACAGAAGUGAAGGAGCUAAAGGAAGAAAGCAAAAGAAAUUUGUUGAAGCUGACAGAGGAAGUUAUUGCGGUCAAAUUGGAAAACAGGGGAAAACCCUCUGAAAGUCAAAGCCCACAAUUCGACCAACUACCAUUUUACCAUAAGAAGGAUCUUGACGAUUUCGAAGCACAGCUUUUACAAAAGCCAGAGUUGUUGGAGAAAUUUAAACUAUAUAUUAAGAAGACUGGGGGUGAAGCACAAGUUGGCAAUGUCUUUUUCGUGGAGGGGCACGGCAGAUAA